UUGCUGUCUGUACAUAUGUACCCUGUAAAUUAUUGAAGCAGAGUUGUACACUGUUGGGAACUCGACUCCCGCACCUUAUGCCGGGCCUAGUCUCGGCGAAGUAAACAAUAUGAGUUAUUACAACAAUUGCAGCGGAAUAUUCCAGAGCAGGAGGCCGUUUUUCCCACCCGCGCCUCGGCCCUUUCGCCCGCCGAUCGCAAAUAAUUAUAGGUACGGAAAUGGCCGCGCGAUUUUCUUCUUCAAAGAUGAAUUUGACGAGUUCGACCACAAAUUGCCGGAUCACAGCCAUCGCAGGCCGAGUUUUUCUCCUGACCCAAGAGACUGGUGCAUUUUCUGCCGAAUUUGUGACCUAAAAGAGCCCAACGUCAUACUGCACCAAGAUCAAGACUGCGUGAUGUUUAAUGACCACAGACCAGUGGCGCCGAACCAUUUCUUGGUGGUGACCAGACACCACAUCCCCAACGUGCUGUCACUGAACAAGAGCGACAUACCGAUCAUCCAACUGCUGCGGAGUAUCGGACAGCGCGAGUUGGAAAAGCGCGGUGCCAACCUGGUGGAUGCCCGCUACGGUUUCCACACGCCGCCGCGGAACUCUGUGAACCAUCUUCACUUGCAUGUCAUCUCUCCCGCCAGCACUCUAAGCCGUGGAGAAAAGAAGCGGUUCGGACUUGACACCUGGUACUUUGUCUCUGUGGAGAAAGUACUCAAAUUCCUUGAGAAUCUAGACUGAUUGGCUUUUGUGUGAGACAAAUAGGAUUAGUUUUAUCAUAUAUUAUUUUAGAUGUAAACUAUCAGCGAUGAUGUUUUAGAUUUUGCUUCAUUGAUAGUGUUUUCAUAACUGUCGAAUCAUAAAUUUUGUUUGAGCAAAGUGGACACAUUUUCAAAUUGAAUGUUUCCUUUUAAUUAAGUCUUACCGAUACAUACACAAUAAUUUCAUUUGAAAUGAAUGAAACAGCUGAAAUAAAAUUGAAUACCUACCAAUAAUUACUUUGAGAACUUUCAUAGGACGUACUAACUAGAG